GGACAAAAAAUAAUCAAGUGUAACGCCCUCUAUUUCGUUAGCCGUAUUGCGUUUAGAAUCAUCAACAUAAUGCUAAUUCGUGAGUCAUCGGAUCAAUCCGCUAGUUGCUAGAGUGAAGUGAUUAUUAGUCGUGUUCUCGCGCUCCUCUUACGCGCUUGUUUACAACCAUGAGUCCUAAGUGUCAGAUAACUGUUAACGGCCUAAGAGAAGGGCAUUUGAUAGCCGGGCAACGUGUGACAGGAACAGUGAAGUUUGCUAUUUAUAAGCCAACGCGGUACGACAGUAUUGAUAUUUCUUUCGUGGGCAGUGGAAGGUGUCGUUUUGCUGUAACUCCUGAAGAAUCUAACACAGUUAUACUUACCAACAAGGAAGAGUAUGUAUCCAUCAACAAGAAUUUAUUUACACCAGUUGGAGACCAGAUGGUGGAGCCUGGAGAUUAUGAAUACCCAUUUGAGUUUUUACUGCCAGGUGAUAUACCAUCGUCAGUUAAGUCUGUCCCUUGUGACAUACAGUACAACAUUUUCGUGAAAUUUUCAAGAAAGGGAACUUUUAUUUCUGAAAGUGAAAAUGAGCUUAAAGUGCCUGUCUAUGGAUAUGUGAAGCCCUGCAGUCGACAGCCAUUAACCUUUAAAAUCGAGAAAAAACUACUUUCCUUCAAUCCAAACAAUAAGAUCACAGUAAAGGGAGAAAUAGACAGAACAUGUUUAAAACCAGGUGAUCGCAUUCAUCUGACGAUGACGGUGACGAAUGACUCAAAUGUCGACAUUUCUAUCAAAAGUCAGCUCGUUUAUUUCAACACUUAUAUAUCUAAAGGGGCAUCUCCCUCUAAAGAAAUUGAAAAAGGGAGCAUACCAGGGACCAAAGAAACUUCUCCUACUAUAAGGGCAAAUAGUGUGUUAGAACUAGAAAGAACUAUACCAAUACUUGAAACGUUAUAUUCGAUACAAAAUUCGAAGAUAAUGGUCGGAGAAUUUAAGGUUAAAGUGACGGUUAAAGCACCUUUUCCUCAUGGUAAAGCAUAUGCACGAGUUCCAAUAGUGAUUGGAUGGAGAAAAGAAGAACACGAGAGUCUUAUCCAGCGUGAUCUGCCACCUUCAUAUUCAGAAGCUAUCAGAGGAAAUAAUUAGAAAAGUGAAGAUUUCAAUAGGGACUGUGUAUAAGUAAUAGAUCAUUUAAAGCAGGCACUGUACACUUAUUAUGAUAGUUAUUUUUAACGUGUCAUAAGUCAUUGAACUAUAGUGUUUUGACUCAUAGGAACUUGUAUCUCUUUACGAUAGUUUAAUUUUGUGUCGUAUGUAUGUAUGUCAUUUAGUGUAAUGUAGCAAGUAAUUAUACUGUGUUCUGCCUUAGAAACUUCAAACCCGAUUUUCUAUCUAGGUCCCUAUUUCUCUUGCAAAAUUGCGUUUAUAAUUUGGAUAGUCUUAAGACUUGAUAAAUAUUUCUAUUGCAUGUGUUUAUAAUCUUCUAAAAAAUAUAUUAAAAUUAAGUUCAUUUCUA